GACGUGUACACUUUCGUCACCAUGUAGAUUUCUCUUUUUGUUUUCCCCCUCAAAUUCUCACUUUACUCAAAAGAUUCCUCGGAUCAUCAGAAAAUGGCUAUGGCUACGCGAGCGAUUCGAUACCAGUUACCGUCACCGAGAUUUAGAGCUCCUAGAUGCGAAUCAUCGGAACCGAUUAAGCAGAUUCAGAUCCAGCAACGACCAAGAGGUGGCGAUUUAGCCGAGAACGGGAAGAUCGUGCUCCAACCAAGGCUUUGCACGCUGAGAUCUUAUGGAUCUGAUAUGGUCAUCGCUAAAAAGGACGGCGGAGAUGGUGGAGGAGGAGGAUCUGAUGUUGAGUUAGCGUCUCCGUUUUUUGAGACGCUUACGGAUUACAUAGAGAGUUCGAAGAAGAGUCAGGAUUUCGAAACCAUCUCCGGUAGACUCGCCAUGAUUGUAUUUGCGGUGACGGUGACGGAGGAGAUUGUUACGGGGAACUCGUUGUUUAAGAAACUAGAUGUGGAAGGAUUGAGUGAAGCUAUUGGAGCUGGUCUCGCCGCGAUGGGAUGCGCGGCGAUGUUUGCUUGGUUAACGAUUUCUCGGAACAGAGUCGGACGGAUCUUUACAGUGAGUUGCAACUCGUUCAUUGACUCGUUGGUUGAUCAGAUCGUUGAUGGACUGUUCUACGAUACCAAGCCUAGUGAUUGGUCUGAUGAUCUUUAAGUUCAUAAAUGAUAAAUACCACUCUCAAAUGUAUUACUAUUGUACACUUUCAUCUAUAAUAGUAUAGUAUAGUUUGCUCUUCUUCAUGGUGCUUGAAGAUGAUAAUGAAAGUCUGUAACUUUUGUGUCUUUAUAUAUAUAUAUAAAAGAUAUGGAAGUUCAUGUGAAACAAUUGAGUGUUGUUAUGGGACGUAGUUGUAUCGAUU